UUUGUGUCGUUGUGUGCGCAGCGUGCCGCUGCUGCUGCGGCUUCUGGCGAGAGAAGUGGCAGGUACCCCAAAAUACCUCCAAGUGGCUCGGAUGUGACUUUAACAACUGACUAACCUGCAGCAAACUGCGAUAUACGUGAGUUUGGCGGCUUGUUUCGCCAAGCUGUUUCAAAUGAAAGCUGAGCUUGGAAACAAUAGGACGGACUUAAAAGUGCGCAGAAUUGGCUCAAUUAAAGACGCCUGAGCGGGUUCUCUCGUCGCGAUGGGGCUUGAAUUGAGGAACGCGUAUCCCGAAAGAAGUCGCUGAAGUUGAAGACGCGCUCCUCCGCUCCGGAUGACCGCUGGGAUGUUGUGAACGACGCGUCGUUUGGGACAGAAGGAGCCAAAAAAAAAAAAAAAAAAAAAAGGAAAAGAAAAGAAAAAAACAAGGCAAAAGGGGGAAGCAUUCAGGGUUGGACCAGCACCAGGAGGGAUUAUGGCUCUCGUAACGUUUUCUCUCAGCCUCGUCACCCUGGUGCUUACAAACUUGCACCUUUCGAGAGCCAGCAGCCGUCAUGCGGUGUAUUGGAACAGCUCGAACCUGCAGCUUCGGAGAGAGGGAUACACCGUGCAAGUCAGCGUCAACGACUACCUGGACAUCUACUGCCCGCACUACAAUACCAGCCAGCGUGGGACUCUGGAGCGCGUGGUGGCUGAGCAGUACAUCCUCUACAUGGUGAACUACCGGGGCUACUACACCUGCAACCCUCAGAUGGGUGUCAAACGCUGGGAGUGCAACCGGCCCCACGCACCGCAUACGCCCAUCAAGUUCUCUGAGAAGUUCCAGCGGUACAGCGCCUUCUCGCUGGGCUACGAGUUCACCGUGGGCCAGGAGUACUACUACAUCUCCACACCCAUCCACCACCACGGCCACAGCUGCCUGAGACUGAGGGUCUUCGUCUGCUGCUCCACUGCCUCUCAGGCAGAUGACGACUCCAGUCAAACUUCUCCCGACUACACAGUCAGGCCGAACAUCAAAAUACACAACAUUGAUGAAUUUAACCCUGAAGUUCCCAAGCUGGAGAAGAGCGUGAGCGGCAGCAGCCCGUCACGUGACCGCCUUCUCCUCACCGUGGCAAUGAUGCUCGUGCUGGCCGUCCUGCUGUCCUAGCGACCGUCACAGGGAGCUUGCUGGACCGUCUUGUCCAAAGGGCUUUGUAUCCCUACAUUUUUUUUUUCUUUUUUUGAACAUGUGAUAGCUAAACGAAGCAAACAAAGAAAAGUCAAAGACAAAAAAAAAAAAAAAAAAAGAAGCGAGGCCUUUUUGCUGUCAUAUUUACACCUGUAUCACAUGAAAACUACAAUAUUUCAUGCAGGUGUGGUGACCACAUGGAGAUUACUACCAAUAUUAAGAAUCCAGUUUUUUCCUGUGCUGCUCUCAAUGGAUGCAGAUGAGAGAUUUUUUUGUAGCAUGAUAGAGAACAGAAAAUUUGAAGCGUAACUCUCAUCGGAUGAUGAAAGGAAGGUUUUUGUGUUGGCUUUGAAAAAGAUGACAACUUUAGAUUCUAGAGUGGAUUUUUUUUAAGGCUUUGCUGCAUCAAAACGAACUUUGAUGUGGUUAAAAAAAAAAGGCAAGAUGGACUUUGGAAACUGUAACAAGGCCUUCUUUAUAUGAUUAGUGAGUAAUCAAAACGACUGUCAUUGUCCUGGACAUUGUAGAAUGUUUUCAUACUGGUGUGUGGUAGCUGCUGGUGAUAAAAGCCCAGCGAAAAGGGUGAGAAUUUAUAAGAAUAUCCAAGGGCCUUUCAGUAAUCCAUUUUCUCCAGACAUCAAAUAUUCUCUGGCUUUGUGAUAGGCACGGAUUCAAAGCCGGCUUUUCUUCGAAGGGUACCGAGUGCCCCUCAGUAUUAGUCUUUUGUCUGCAUUUCCUGCCUUCCCACUGUAACAACCCAGAAAAAUACAGACCCUGGACUAGUAAUUUGACGGCACUUAGACGCACAAGAUGUGGCAUAGACGUGUGUUUUGUUCUGACAGAUUUACCUCCAGCAAUGGGCUUAGAAAAGUUCCAGAUGUCAAAUCUUAAAAAAAAUAAAAUAAAAAUAAAAAUACAAGAAAAAAAUGGGGGUUGGGAUUCGGGUCUCCUUGCAGCAAUCAGCACCGUUGUUCAGAAACGCCUCUAAUUUGCAAUUGUUCAGAAACUGUCAGCAGCAACUUGCCCUCCUUUCACUCCCAGAUUACCUGUUUUUUUUUGGGUUUUUCUUCCCCUCCACUUCAGGGGCUCGCAGCCAAUCAGGGCUGAUAGCCACUGCAGCAGUCCCAGUUACCACGGAGACGACCCCAUACAGUCGCCAAAGUGCGGCAGGUGCCUGAGGAGAAAUUAUGCUUAGAAUCUCAAUCUGUAGUCAUGGAGGAAUAGACCCAGUAUGAGCAUCCGGAUCAUUCGCCGUAUUGUGAGAGUCGCUUUUAUGGAAACAACAAAGUUUUGCUGCAAAGUUUUUCAGGUAACGUUGUACGAAAAAUGGUGCUAGCAUCACAAAACUCUUAAAAGAAGAAAUAUUCUAACCUAAAUUAUAUAAAGAUGGUAUUGUUAUCUCCAGAAUGAUUCACAUCCCUGACAGAUUUAGUGCUAAUAAUUAUUACCAACAUGUUUCCUCUGACUGGAAGUAAAACUAACAUAUACAAGACCCUCCGGAUUACAAGAUGAUCUGUCAAUUUUUAAAAUAAAUGUAAAGGUUUUUAAGUGCGCCUUUUUAUACAGUUGUUGGGCGAAGGGCGGCUGCUGCCAUCUCCAGGAGGAAUUGGGCGAGCGGCAGGGUACACCAGUCCAUCACUAUGGCAUGACUGUAGUGCCAUAAUUAAGACUAUUAGACACCCAGUGGUGAUAUAUCCUUAUUGCAGGAGGUUAUCUCUAUCCCAAAGCCAACUACUGAUCUGAUUCUAGGUAGAAUCUGAGCGGCUAGUGCCAGUAGAGAAGGAGACUUAUCACUUAAGUUAGCUUUGAAGAGGCUUGUGACUAGCAUAUCUACGAUGGUCUCCUGUGUCUCAUGCUUUUUCUCUUUAAAGAAAACGUUAUCUAGAAAAAUAGUUGGUCGCUUAGUUUCUGAUGCUUGCCUAUCAGAAAUGGAUGGAUAUGGAUAUGGUCACCUGUGAUGAGGGAGUAACCACCACUGGGUGGGAAAUGGUCUUAAUGUUGGCACUAAAACUGCAAAACUUUGUCAGUAUUUCACUAAUGACAAAAAACAGAAAACACAAUUUUGCGAUUUUGAUCUCUAUCAUAAACAAGAGAACAUGCAAAAUCCAUGCAGAAAGACCAGGAUUUGAACCCGGGACCUUUUUGCUUUAAGGCAACAGUUAAAUCAGCUUUGCCACCAUGCAGCCUGCGACUACUGCUCCUGCUGCAACUACAAACCAAUGUUAAAAUUGUUAACCUUCUUUCCUCCAAUGGUAUUUUGUCAAAUGGGUUAUGAGCUCCAAGUCUUUAAGUUUGGAAAACCUCCUUCCCAUGAAUUUUUCCUAGACAAACUCUCUAUCAGAUUCCACUUUAUUAACAUUAUUUCUAAUAAAAAAGAAAAAAUGCAAAAAUGAUUUAAUUCUAAGCUUUAGAGUUUCAUUCAGAACUCAAACUUUUGUUGCUUUCCAAGGAGAACUCACAAUAUGGUGGAUGUGGCAACAGAUCGAGGCCAAUGCAGCGUCGACUCUUUGGUGUCUGAAGCUCUUGAUAAAAAUAAAAAAAAAAUCAAAAAAUAAAUAAAAUGUGUGAAUGUGAAACUUAUGAGAAGUUCUUUUAUACUGCGUAGGCAAACCUUAAUCAAAUUACAAUGUUGUGCGUUUUUAUUUAUUUACUUUUAAAAUGCUCUUAUUUUGACAUUAAAGUGUAUUUAUCUACAUAAUUUAUUAAUGUGCAUUCUUAGGCCUUUGCUCAAUAAGCUAUCGUACCAUUUUUUAGCAUUUUUCUCAAAACUAUUGGAUUUGUACUGCAGUAUUUUGCUUGUUUAGACAAAUAGAUGUAAUUCAGCCGGUCAGAGACAGUUCUUGGUUAAUUAUUCAGUGCAAGCAUUCACUCGGUUAGCUGAGUCUUGUGUAAAAAGAUGCAGAUGAUAAUAUUGCUGAGGAGCAUGUCAUAAACCAACUGGGAAUGCACAGACAGAACUGGUGUCGUUUGAGCCUGCACUGUAAUGUAAAUUUAUAAAUACAUGCAGGGUUCCAGAAUGUGUACGAGUGUUUUAGCGGGUGUGAGUGUGUUUUUUUUUUUUUUUUUUUUUUUUUUUUGUAUGUGUGUAUGUCUGGGUGCGUGGGAGCGAAAGAGAGGAUGUAUGUUGGUGGAACGUGUUUGUCCGCGCUUUUAAAGUACGUGGCAUUUAGAAAAUUUCGUACCUGUUAGCGGAGUCAUUUGUAGGAUCUGAAUAUGCAAGAGUGUAUGAGGGAGAAUGUGCUUUUCAGUCACGUUAGUUUAUGUUUGUAGGGCGGGAGGGAGGGAAGCGGGUCG